CUACAAACAGCGUUAGUACGAGUGCCGACGCAGCACCGGCCGCACGCGCACACAAUAUCAUUCCGAAUAAAUGAUGAUAUCAAUAAAUAAAACAACGAACUAAAUAUUUUGUGAAGUGUUUCGAUUUCAGUGUUUCAGUGGUUAGCAAGUGCACUGUGAGCUGGAACUGUGUUAAGAUGUUUGCAAGGGCGCUAAUAUUAGCGCUGUGGGGCACAUACGCCGCCGCCUUGGCGCCACUGAACAUCCCUGCCGACGAUGGCUGCGCCCUUUACCUCACCGGCCCUGGUCGUUCCUCAGCCUACGACUACAGCCUUAAUCUUCUCAAAGGAAACUUCGGUUACGAUGGUCAACACAGCUGCAUCACUUACGACGCCAUCAACCAGGCCUACCUCGAUGCUAGGAAUAGGAUCCUGGUGGCUCAACCGAAGGGUGAUUGGAAGCCGGAGGACUUCGCAAGCGUUGGUGAACUAAUGCUUGACAUUUCGAUACAACUGGCUAGAACAUAUGGUCUGACAUACGAGGAGAUCGAGAAAGGUCUACCUCUGAUUGACACAUCGCGCACGCUCAUCCGUGAAGUGUGCCCGCCUGUGUUCUCGCACGUGGAGUGCCGCGCCGGCAAAUAUCGACGUCUUGAUGGCCUCUGCAAUAAUCUACAGCAUCCCACAUGGGGGGCAACUAUGGCUCCCUUCCAAAGGUUAAUCGGCCCAUUGUUCGCUGACGGUAUAAAUGCGCCCCGCAUCUCUCAUUCUGGACGGGAUCUGCCACUGUCCCGUGUGGUCUCUCGCACUAUGCACCCUGACGAUGGAUUCCAUGACCACGCUGGCACCGUAAUGGUCAUUGCCUGGGGACAGUUCAUGGACCACGAUUAUACUCUCACUGGUACACCGCUUGACCCUGUCCACCGUAAUGACCCUGAGGAAUGCUGCAAACGACCAUUACAUCUGAAACACCCUUACUGCAAUGAAAUCAGGAUACCUGAUGACGAUUACUUCUACCGACUUUUCGGUGUCAAGUGCAUUGAUUUCGUACGCGGCUUCCCGUCUCCUAGACCCGGCUGUCGGCUUGGUUCAAGAAUUCCCUUCAACACUUUGACUGGCGCGAUCGACGGAAACACCGUGUAUGGUGUCACUGACAAGUUUGCCAGGAAACUGCGUACGGGCUACGGUGGACUUCUUCGUAUGAACCCAGUGUUCAAGGAAUACGGUCUCAAGGAUUUGCUUCCAUUAAAGCUUGACAUUCCCGAUGAGGGCUGCACGCGACCUAACAAGAACAUGUACUGCUUUGAAGCUGGUGAAAUUCGUGUGAAUGAACAACUCGUGUUAACUGUGAUGCACACUUUGAUGGCGCGCGAGCACAACCGCGUGGCGGAAGGCCUCGCCGCCGUCAACCCGCACUGGGACGACGAGACCCUCUUCCAGGAGGCGCGCAGGAUCAACAUCGCCGAGAUACAGCACAUCACAUACAACGAAUUUCUACCCAUCCUAUUAGGGAAAGAUGUUAUGGAAAAAUUCGGUUUGGUGUUAGAGAAACAGGGUUACUGGAAUGGUUACGAUCAGGAGGUAAACCCGGAUGUGAUCGCAGCUUUUGCAGCUGCCGCCUACCGUUUUGGACAUUCUCUUUUACCAACAGCUGUCGAAAGAUGGUCAAAGGCUCACAAAUUUAUUGCUUCUAAACGAUUGUCCGAUCUUAUCAGAAGACCCUACGAUCUGUACAGAGCUGGAGUUCUCGAUGAAUAUGUUAUGGGAUUGAUGAACCAAGUGGCACAAGCUAUGGAUGAUUCCAUCACGCAAGAAGUAACAAACCAUUUAUUCAAGAAAGUAGGAGCUCGUUUUGGAAUGGACUUGGUAUCGUUCAACAUGCAAAGAGGUCGUGAGUUCGGUCUGCCCGGAUACAUGGAAUUCAGAAAGUUCUGUGGCCUUUCUGGUGCUGAUACAUUCGACGAAUUAUUUGGAUCUAUGCCUAACGAGACCGUCCGCAAAUAUGAAACUAUAUUCGAACAUCCAGUCGACGUUGAUCUAUGGUCCGGAGGCGUGUCCGAACGUCCUCUCCCAGGGUCCAUGUUGGGACCAACUUUCGCUUGUAUCAUCGCAACACAAUUUUCUUACUCGAGACGUGGUGAUAGAUUUUGGUUCGAAUUACCAAAUCAACCUUCAUCGUUUACUCCAGAACAACUUUUGGAAAUAAGGAAAUCUCGACUUGCUCGCGUUAUCUGUGACAAUACCGAUAUUAUUGACACUGUUCAGCUCUACCCGAUGGUGUUACCCGAUCACGAACUAAAUCCUCGUGUUCCGUGCAGAAGUGGUAUAAUACCACAAAUGGACUUUAGUAAAUGGGCGGACCCAGUUCCGUUUCACGGCGCGGCGAAGCAGUUUGUGAGUAGUUUCACGUAUAACCCGUUUUUGGGCAAAAAGUAGUGACACCUGCACCAAGUAUUUAUUAAAAACUUUGUAGUCAAUAGUCAUAGAUGUAGUUCACCGUAAUGCAAUUCAAUUAGAGACAAUAUAAACAAGACGAAUGACUUUUUGAUAGAAAGUGCGUAAUUGAAGAAGCGUCUAGUUUACACGUAUAAUAAUAAUUAGAUUUACUCGUAAUUCUUUACUUUUAUAAUUGUUUAAUUGAUGUCACUCUUAUUCGGGUAUGUACAAAGCAUUGAACACAAAAAUGUGAAUAAAAACAUGUUUUAAUAGCGUACCAUGAUAAGUACCUAAAAACCUUUUAAAUAUGUCAUUCUCUUUUACUUGAACUAUUACCACAAACCUUGUAAUUA